AAAAUGGCGACUCUUGAGGAAAUGAAGACGCCUUCUUCUCAUCAAUAUGGGCUUAGUGGUAAAGAUUCAGUAAGUUAACUGCUUUAUAAAUGGUUUGGUCAUUGACAUAAAGAAAAAUAAAACUUGGCCUGCCUGUAUAUAACUGCAAACGCUUUAAAAAAUUCCUCUGCUUACAUGUAUUAAUUUAUUUAUUUAGCAGGCUAAACAGUGAUGAUCACUGAAUUUUUGUCAAUAUUUUUUAAUAUAUAUUAAUAUAUUAUAUCUAAUUAGUAUUAGUCUAGUACUGUCUAAGGCAGGGGUGUCAAACUCAAUUUGCUUGGCGGGCCAAAACUCAAAUCACAUGUAAGGUUGUGGGCUGCACAGGAUAAACAUUCAAAUAAGAGGCAAAUUACAAUCUUUUUUUUGAAAAACAUGUAGGCUAUAUAAUAAUUAAUAAUAUAAUAUAUAAUAUAUAAAAUAAAUGAAAACAGAAAAAAGUUUUAAUAAUUAAAAAUCAUUUGCACACCCAUUUUCGUUCUUAUGCCAGUUUGUCAGAGCUGGAGGUUUGGAACAUUUUCUUGGCUACAAAAACAAGUUUAUGUUGGCUGUAGCGAUAGGUGUCAUUGAGAUUUUCAUGAUGGACUGCAAGUGUUCAUCUGUGAGACGACUCCUGUGUGAUGCUUUGUUAAUCUUCAUCACAGAAAACAGCUACUCACACAUAUAUGUGUUCACCAACAUGCUCAAGGUUCGAGCUGCAUGUAGAUGAAGCUGGGGCAUCUCUUCAGGAAUGAAACAAGUGAACUGUGCAGGCCCAACUGUGUCGUACUUUGCCUUUAGUGUCCCACUACACUGCAGCUCUGUUAGCUCCAUUUGCAAAUUUACAGGUGCAGUUUCCACAUCUAUGACAAAUUGGUUACGAAACAGCUCGAAAUUACUUUUUCAAUCUUUAAGGUCACUAAUGCGCCCUGCGAACUCGGCGCGAAGUAAGUUAAGUUUUUCAGCGAAGUGUGCAUUGGGAAACACCAUAGCGUUGACCUGGAUAUAAUUGUACGGCAGGCUGGAUGUUGCCUGCGGGCUUUGAGUUUGACACAUGUGGUCUAAGGGGUUGUCCAUUAAUUAUGUAAACAAAAUAGGGGGAGGGGGUUUGGAAAUGUUUGAUAAUUGUUGACAAGGGUGGAGGGGGGGGGUAGAUUAGUUAGCUCCAAAAAUCAUGUUUUCUCUAUUAAAAUUUGAAUCUUAAAAAUUGACAUUAUUUUAACCAAUUUAAUGCGUGUAAAUAAGUAUAGUUAUAUAAUUUUUAGGCUUUUAACAAUAUACCGUAUUUAUUGGUGUAUAACACGCCCCCCCUACGUAUAUCAGGCACCACAAUUUAAGAAGAAAAUUUCAGGAAAAGAAACUCAACAUUAUAUCGGCGUAUAACACGCACACAUGAUUUGCCCCUAUUUUCGGGGAGAAAAGUGUGUGUUAUACGCCAAUAAAUACAGUAAUAUUAAUUUAAUGUGUGUCUGUUUGUGCACGGCAAAUAGCUGGUCAGAAUGUUAGCACACUUUGUUAGUGCAAGAGAAGUCAAAUGUUGCCCUCUCUUCGCCUAUAGAUUCUGUUUUUCGCAAAUGACUAGGGCGAUAUGUUUGCCAUCGUGUUUGCAGGUAUGGAACAAGGACAAGGUUCAAGUGUAUGUGCAGUCAAGAUAAAUGGUAUUGAUAGAGUAGGAAUACGAUAUUUUGAGAAUUAGGGGAAAGUAAAGUGAAUAAAAAUAAUAACAUUGUUGCUUGAGCGCAUUUACAAAAUCUUUAACAUCUAUUUUGCAUCACAAGUCAUGUUGAAAUAGCAAGUUCAACAGCACCGACAAUGCAUAAGAAAUUACCACCUGCUCCACACAAAAAAGGAUUCGACUAAUGCAAGUGCCAGGAGACAGAGAGAGCUUAUGGCAAUUAUUCCUCACACUGACAAUGCUUCUAUUUUAAGUGCUGAAUGGUUAGAUGAGGAUGAUGUUGACAUGUCUGGUAUAUCAGUUACGCAAGAUGAAUAUGAUAAAUCAAUUACUAUGCCCAUGUUACGAUCGAGCAACACCUGGCUACUUCCUGAGAAGAUGAUAGCAGCUAGAAACUAUGCUACAAUUGUCAGCUAUACUGACAAUAAUCAUAUUUCUACUUCCACAAACAAUGAUAUUUAGUUUUUACAACCUUUUUAUUGAGUCUGUAUUAUAAAAUUUAAGUGUUAAAACUUUUUAACUGUUAAAACAAACUAAAGAUGCAAUAAAAUAUUUUUCCUAAAAUUCUGUGUUAUUAAAACAGAUCAACACAAAGUAAAAUCUAUUUAUAUAUAUAUAUAAUUAAUUAUAAAAUUAUAUUAUAAUUCAUUGGUUAUACAAAUGUUGACAUAAUUACUCGGAAGGGGGGGGGGGGCAUUGAAAGUUUGACAGUUGUUGACAAGAGGAGGGAAGGGGUCAAAAAUUGCUUAAAAAUUGUUUUCGUAAUUAAUGGACACCCCUUAAUUAGAGAAUUAGAGUUGCGACUAGGUUGACUAGGCCUACUACUAAGUUGGUAAUCUCAUAUUUUAGUGCAACAUAUGGCAUCUUUGAAGACAGAAGAAUUCCCUUUACCUUACCAUAAUGGCAAUGGGAAUGACAAAGACAAAAGAUUCAUAAAAUUUACUUUUUUUAAAAUUUCGUACAAUUUAUUUAAUGAUAAUGGGCUUAAUGGCAAUUAACAAUUAAUGGUUUUAUUCGAACAAAAAAGAUGGUAUUUUACAUACAAAAUAUUUUUUAAUACUGAAAUAAGUUGAUUAUUUUUUUUUUAAAGUUAAUAAUUUAAUUUAUUGCACUAAAAUAAAGGAUUACCAAGAAGUUCCAUUUAAAUCAGCUACAGUAUAUAUAGGGUAAGAAGAAAAGAAGCGCAAAAAUAUUGAUUGUUAUUCUAAAAUCUAAGUAAGGUCAUGUUAUUUUAAAAUCUUAAUAAGGUCAUGGUAAUGUUUCAAGCUUUAAGCUAGGACUGGAUUCAUUAAAGGCCCGGGAGUAUUUCUCAUUUACGUUGUAUGCACAAUCACAGAUGACAGUUUAGGUUUGAGAUGCUUAAAGUAAGUUAAUCUAUGAAAUUCUCUUUGCUGAUUGAUUGUGCUCCUUCACCCCCAAACUCCUGCAUGCAGCAAAGGCUUCAGACAGUGGUGAACCACAUUGGCUCAGACACAGCAUCCUUCGGACAGUUGUCAUUAACACUUUUCUACAUGGUUUAGAGACUUGAGUGUAUACAAAAGCCAGAUAGUGAUGCUAGAACAUUUUUACCAAUGAGACCUGCUUAUUAUCAUGGGCAUAAAUUGGAAAGAUGUUAUACUCACAAUGGGAUGUAAAAAGAGGCCCGUAAAUAGAGCAUUGAAGCCAUGCUUGUUACAAAACAGCUAAGUUGGGUAGGACUUGUAAGUUUUCAAUAAAAAGCUAGAAAGCAAUACAGUGACUAUAUCAAAAGUCUGAUCAGCAGCAGAGAAAAAAGGACCUGGGAACUUUAGGCUACUUAUGGGGACAAUUGUAGAUCCACAAUAAAAAUUGUCAUACUAUUGUUUGUUAAGCACUAAAUACUAAUUACUAAGGAGUUUACAAUAUUCUACAGUGGAACAACACAAACACCUUAGGAACAGGGUUUGCAGUCAAAAGAGAGACAGUAAAUGCAGUCAUUGGGUUUAAACCAGAGAGUGAAGGACUAUGCUCCAUAAGGAUACAAGGAAAUAUGUUUAACAUCACGCUAAUCUGCGCACAUGCUCCAACAGAAGAUACAGAUGAACGCACCAAGGAAACUCUAUGAAACACUCGAAAGAGCAUUUGAUGAGGCACCACACGUGUGAUAGAAUGGGUGCAGAACUGAUCACAGGGAGCAGUAAGCUACUAGUGAAUAACACUUUGAAGGUUUACUGAAUGGCUCAACCAAUGAGGAUUACGCUCUACCACAAGGAGGACCGGACCCAUUGAUCAACCGACACUGAAUGACCGGACACAUUGGUCAACCAACGCUGGAUGACCGGACCCAUUGGUCAACCAACCAACACUUAAGGAAAUAAAAGAAAGCCCCAGGAACAGACCUUAUCUCUGCAGAACUGAUAAAACUAGGUGGAAACAAACUGCAAAAGCAAAUACACAACCUCAGAAUCUGGCAAGAGGAAGAAAUGCCAAUAGAAUUAGAAUGGGACAUUGCAAUCCCAAGUCACAAAAAAACAGGAUCUAAAUAUUGUACUUUUUCAAACUAUAGAGCAAUUUCCCUCCAUAAUGUAAUGUACAAAAUCCUCACUAAACUUACAGUAAGAAAAUUGGCAAGGCAUAGUGAACAGAUUCUAGGGGACUACCAAUGCGGAUUCAGGCGGAAUAAGUCAGCCACAGAUCAUAUUUUUACUAUUAGAUGUCUCCUGGACAAAUGCUACAAAUAUAACAUCAACAUAUACCAACUAUACGUGGAUUGCAAAACAGCAUACGAUAGCGUAGCCAGGAAUUACCUAUACAAUGCUCUACAGGAACUUGGAUUCCCUAACAAACUUACCCGGCUCAUGCAUAUGAUGAUGGCUAACUCCAAAAGUAGAAUCAAAGUACAGGGAGAAUAUACAAGGGAGUUCCCAGUUAAUCAGUGCCUCAGACCAGGAGAUUCACCAUCAUGUAUACUGUUUCCAUCACGCUAGAAAAAGUUAUUAGAAGCAUACACAAGAGCACCAGCGGAACCAUUACAAGCUUUCACCAUCAUGUAUACUGUUUCCAUCACGCUAGAAAAAGUUAUUAGAAGCAUACACAAGAGCACCAGCGGAACCAUUACAAGCUACUUCCAGAGAGGUACUACAGAACCUCGAUCAUCAGGAACUUUAUAUAGCCAGCCAUUUCAGUACCUGGCAUAUGCAGAUGAUAUAACAGUACUGCGCAGAAACAGUAAUGAUAUAAUUAAAGCAUUCAGGGAACUUGAAAUUGUCUCUGUCAAAGCUGUUCUUGAUGUAAAUGAAGCGAAGACAAAUUAUAUGAUAAUGUCACGAAACACCGCACGGAUGACAACUACACCUUUGAGAGAGUGGCUAUUUUCAAAUAUCUAGGUGCGAAUAUAAAUGAGCUCAAUGAAAUAAUGUCAGUUAAAAGAACGGAUAACAGCAGGCAACCGUUCCUAUUUCAGCCUACAAAACCUAGUGGGAAGCAAAAACCUCUCAAGGGGAAAAAGAAGACAAUAUACACCAUAGUCCUAAAAAAAAAAAAAAGGCAGACUGGGCUGAACUGAAAACUUAGACAGGAUGUUAGAUUGUAGUGCAGCAAAAUUUAUCUACAGGCUGAAACCAAGUAAUAUACACCAUAGUCCUAAAAAAAAAAAAAAAGGCAGACUGGGCUGAACUGAAAACUUAGACAGGAUGUUAAAUUGUAGUGCAGCAAAAUUUAUCUACAGGCUGAAACCAAGGGGCAGAUGGCCUACCAGUAGCCCAAGACUGAGAUGGAUCAAUGAUGUAGAGGACUUACACCAGUUGGGAGUUCGAGCAUGUAGGCGGAAAGUCAUGAAUCGACCCAAAUGGAAAGAUGUUGUGGAGCAGGCCAGGGCCCUACAUGGACUGUAGCGCCACUGAUGAUGAUAUUGUUUGUUAAAUGAGCCCAUUGAAAUAAUGUCAGAGGGAAAGAAAGGAUAACAGCCGGCAACUAUUCUUAUUGCAGCCUACAAAAGCCAGAAGGAAACCAAAACCUCUCAAGGGGAACAAAAAAGGUAAAAUACACCACUAUCAUAAGACCAGUUGUAUUUUAACAGGUUAGCAGGAAACCUUCUCAACACAGGGGAGAGGAAAAUUCUCAUGAAAAUAUACAAUUUGAUCCGUACAAACCAAGAAAUACAUCAAUUGUACAAAGACACACCCAAAGUCCCAACAAUAAAAAAAAAAGGCAAACAGUGCUGGACUGAAAACUUAGACUGGAUGUUGGAUUGUAGUGCAGCAAAAUUGAUCUACAGGCUGAAACCAAGGGGCAGAUGGCUGACCGGUUGUUGACCAAGACUGAGAUGGAUCGACUAUGUAGAGAAGGACUUACACGAGUUGGGGGUCAGCGCAUAGAGGCCAAAAGCAAUCGAUCAAUCAGAAUGAAAGGAUGUGGUUGAGCAGGCCAGGGUCCCUGAUGAUAAUACAAUUGUUUUAGUCUCACUGGCCAGAAACAGACGAGGAAAUUCGGCAGCUGUCUGUGCUUACCAGAGGAAAUUAUCUUUGGCUGCCCUAUAUGCUAGAGAUUUUGCUUAUUCAAAAUAAAGCUUUAUAGCCACAUCCAGACAUGCAAAAAGACCUUCCAACCAAUGAUUUUUUUUAUAAAGUUAAAUACUUUAGUCCCUGAUAAAUAAUGUUAAUGUUUUCUUAAUCAACCCCAUGGUGGAAUAGUAGCAUUGUCUGCUUCCCACAAAGUCGCAGAAUUACAUUAUAAACUUAUUGCUGAUUUAAAUUUGUUCUUUGUUUUUGGCAUACCAAUUCUGUUUUGUUACUUAAGUAUUGUCUCAUUGUGUUCCAUUUUUUUCCACAGUCUUCUGCAUACUUGAUGUCUAUUGUGAGAACACUGUCUUCAAGGCAAGUAUUUAUUUGCAUAAGCACAUUGUGCUUAUUGGUUUCAUUUUUACAAUUUGUAUGGUCAAAAGAAUAAGGUAGCCUGGUCAUUCUGCAACAAAGUUGAUUAUAAGAUUUUGUACUUAUUUCUUUCAUACAGUAUUUUUGUAUCAUUCAAUGUAGGCUUAUUAUUAUGUGCCUAAUCAUUUUGUGGAGUUAAAUUGAAAAUAGUCUGUCUUAUCUCAUUCAACAAAAGGUAAUUGUAAAUUAAUCAUUGAAAAUUGCAAAUUAACCCUUUUGAGGCCAAGUGGCAAAAUGAUAAAUGGCCGAUCUAUGGACCCAAUAAUACAAGCCUCGAGAUUGGCUGGCUGGUCUUUCUACCAGUCUACCAGCUAAUCAAAUCGCUUCUCACUUUUCUUGCUCAUCUGGCCAUUUUAAUGGCAGCCUCCAUUGAUAGUUUACAGUGUUAUGUCAUUUUUAGGAAUUUUUUGUUCCUAGUGAACCUUAAAAAUGCUUAAAAACAUGUGGCCUUUAUAUAUGCCAAAGGGCAUAAGCAGCCCCAGAGGAAUAUUUAUGCAGCUUUUAUAUUGAACCUCAUUCAAAUGUUUGUUAGGACUUAUUUAGGCUUCAACGAUAAUAAAAUUUAACAAAAUUCUAAAAGUAAGACAUGUUUAUUUUAAGUGCAAAAAAAAUUGCAUGCACAAAUUAUGAAGUCAGGAUAUCUCAUUUGCAUAAAUGUUGAGAUUUCAGUUUGAUUCAUAAAGAUUGCAGUAUUAGUUUAUUCAAUUCCCUACAAGAACAAAUAUGGUUUUAUAUUUGUAAAGUAAUAAGUUUAUUUUAUUUUUAAUUUUGUGCAAAGUAAGUGCACUGCUUGUGAAAAGGGCUCCGUCUUCUUAGCACCAAAGUCCAAUUUUCAUUUGUGCUCCUGCAGUUGUGUCUGUUAGUCCCUGGAUAGCUUGUUGCGAGCAGAUAAAAAAUGUCUUAUUUUAACAAAAAUGUCAUCAUUUUUCAUACAUUACAUGUUAUCUUUUAACAGUGCUGAUUUUGAACAGAGAGAAAAAGAAAAGACAAGAAUAGAAAAAGCUUUCAGAGAGAGUGACAAGAGGCUUGGUGAACUCGUAACAGGUAAAGCUUUGUUGAGGAGUGUCAUUGUACAACUUGGAAUUGUUAAAUCACACUGGUAUUAACCAUCCAUUAUUUUAUUAAUAAUAAAGUGUAUGCAUUAAACAUUAUUUUUCUUAAAUUAUUCUGCAGUUGAAAUAUUAUACUUUUUAUUUCAGACAACUAUCAGGAUGUUACAAAGAUCCUUCAGGCUUUCAAUGGAAUGACAAAAAGCAUCAAUGGUAAACUUAAUAUGACAUUUUAUGAGCGAUAAAAUUUGUUCUAUUUUUUUUAGAAACUGCAAUGAAUGAUGGAUGAAAUGGAACAACUUAAUCAUCAACAGCAUCAAUGUCAAACUGUAUGAUAUACCCAUGUUGUGUGCCUAUUUUCAUACUUGUUAGUCCUGGACAAGUUUCUGUAUAUGUUUUUCACCUGUUUAUUAAAGACGUAAAUGUUUCAUGGGGUACAAAUGGCACUUGUCAAGGUCAUUGAAUCAGAGGUACGGUGUGUAUUGUGAUUUGUGACAAUUGAGUUUAGUGAAGUACGGUGAACUCUUUUCAUGUCAAGGACGAGUGCAUGGAUUUUUUGGUGAUAAAGGGAGACAACGAUUUUGAGCGUCAGAGUGAUCUAGAGAGAGAGAGUGAGCUAGACAGAGAGAGAUAGUAUUUUGGUUAGAUUGACUAUGGGGCUUUUGCCUGAGGAUAAUAUUUUUCUGCCAGAUGUAUCUAUGUUAGAGACCGACCGAAUUUCGGUUUCGGCGCCGAAAGUGGCCAUUUUAUCACUUUCGGCCAAGUUUCGGUUUUGGCAGAAACUGAAAAGUUAACUUUCGGCUUAAUUUCGGUUUCAGUCAAAAGAGAAAAGUUAACUUUCGGGUUUUUUUUGGUUUCGGCCGAAAUUGACUUCGACUUUCGGCCAUCCGGCCGAAAGUGACCGAGAUUUUCGGUCAUCUAAUGCUCAGCAAAAGCGAUAUUUAACAACAAAGUAAGUGACAUAUAAGAAAAAACUAAAUGAUCUUUAAGAACACAUUAAGCGAUCUUUAAGAACAAACUAAACCAUCUUUAAAAACAAAUAAAGUGAUCUUUAAGAACAAAUUAUUGGAUCUUUGAGAAAAAAACUAAAUGAUAUUUAACAACAAAAUAAAUGAUCUUUAAAACAAACUAAGUGAUCUUUAGAAACAAGCUAAGCAAUCUUUAAUAACAAACUAAACGAUCUUAAAGAACAAACUAAACAAUCUUUAAGAACGAACUAAAUGAUCUUUAAGAACAAAAACAAACGAUCUUUAAUAGUAAACUAAAUGAUUUAUAAGAAAAAACUAAGCAAUCUAUAACAGAAAACUAAAUGUUCUUUAGGAACAAACUAAAAGAUCUUUAAGAACAAACUAAAUGAUCCUAAAGAAAAAACUAUUGAUCUUAAAAAACAAAGUAAUCGAUCUUAAGGAACAAAAUCAAUUAUCUUUAAGAACAAACUAAGCGAUCUUUAUGAAAAAACUAAGCGAUCUUCAACAACAAAAUAAGCGAUCUUUAAGAACAAAUUAAAGAUCUUUAAUAACAAACAAAGCCAUUUUUAAGAACAAAAUCAAUGAUCCCUAAAAACUAACUAAGCAAUCUUUAUGAACAAACUAAACGAUCUUUAAGAACAAACUAACCGAUCAUUAACAAAAAACAAAGAGAUCUUUAACAACAAACCAGGCAAUCUUUAUGAACAAACUAACUGAUCUUUAAGAACAAAUAAAGCGAUUAUUAACAAAAAAAAUGAACAAUCUUUAAUAACAAACUAAGCAAUCUUUAAGAAUAAACUAAACCAUCUUUAACAACAAACAAAGGGAUCUUUAAGAACAAAUUAAGCGAUCUUUAAGAUUAAACUAAGUGAUCUUUUAGAACAAACUAAUUGAUCUUUUAGUACAAAGUAAGCGAUCUUUAUGAACAAACUCAAUGAUCUUUAAGAACAAACUAAAUGAUCUUUAAGAACAAACUAAGUGAUCUUUAAGAACAAACUAAGCAAUCUUUAAGAACAAACUAAACAAUGUUUAAAAACAAGAAAGAGGUAUUUAAGAACAAAUUAAGCGAUCUUUUAGAACCAUGAUCAAAACAACAAUUUUAAGAGACCCGGUUUAAAAAAUAAUUUUUGCCACCAAUGGGGGUGAGGGAGGUUGGUCCUGAACGAAAUAAUUACGUCACCAGUACGGAAAGACUAAUGUGUUGUUACUAGGUUAAAUAUUAAUACAUUGAUAUCUUGUAAGCUAUUAAUGAAAACACAAAGCAUUAGUAUUACGAAAAUAGCAAAACAUUGUGAUAUUUUUAUAGCCUUAAUAACAUAUUAUAUUUAGGUGGCAAUUGGCUCUAGUAGAGCCACAAUAAUUGUUGUAGGUAUAUUUUCUAGGUUGUAAUUAUAUUAUAAAAGCAAAGGCACUCAAGAGUCUAUUUGUCUAUUUUGUAUUAAUUCCCACCCACACUCCCCCUCCUUCCCCCCCUAAUUUUUGCCAAAUUUUAAAAAAAAUUGUAAAGCAAUUUAAAUUACUUUUAUAUUAAAAUGGUAAAAUCCAAAGUAUUCAUUAGAUCAAGGGUCUCAAAUCAUCAGUGGGGCAGCAGGAGGUAGUGUCUGAGUGAGACUGGGCUGCAUUAAGUAUUCCACAAAAAAGUGAUAACAACUGUUACAAUCUGUUCAACCUUUAUAAAUAACAAUAAAAACUUUAAAUGUACUCAAGAACUAGGAUUCACUUUCUUCCACCUACUCACUGUUGCCAGAGACCUGGCAACGCUUCUUUUUACACAGCUGAGCAACUUUGGCUUGAGUGAGGAAGCAACUAAGACUCUCAGUAUAGCUUGAAGAUCCUCAUCAGUAACUUUGGCCCUGAACUUUGACUUGUUAAAAUGCAUAGUUGAAAAGAGCUAUUCACACAGAUAGGUACUCCCAAAAAGUCAUAUGAUCCGCUUGAACAAGCUAAAAAUUUCAGGGAAGGUGGAGGGCAAUGCAAUAAAAUGUCCAUGAUUGUCUGUUUUUCUAUUCAGCUCCCCGCUCGGGGCAUCUUGCACAUUAAAAGAGAACGGGUCAGCAAAAAGCUGAAAAGUGGCUGUCUGUGUUUUGAAGUCUAAAAAAUUUAGAGACCCAGACUGGGUAAAAAGGCAUAAGAAGAAGAUUUAGAAAGUGACCAAGCUGACAGGCUCGGAAUUUACCUCACUUGUAAACACAAGCGGCAAUUUUAAUAUGGACCCUUUGAUAAUGUAUCAGAUUGCUACGAUUUACAAAAUUAUGGUUGUGCAUUACCCGCAAACUUACUUUAAAAUUUUUUUUCUCAAAGCCGCACUCUUUGCCAUGUUUGUCUCAUAAAAAGCUAUAAAAUAAAAACUUUUAUUCCGAUUUUAAAUCGAUUCUUACCAUUAUAAUCAUCAUACAAAAAUAUAUAGAAACAUUUUUAAAAAAUCAGAAUUAGACUAGUUGGUGAGAUUCGACUAAAACUGUCGAAUAGAUAUGAGAAUGGGGGAAACGCGCCCGCCAGCACAUUAACACUAAACUUUUCUGUCAUGUAGCUGGCCGCAAAAUAUCGUCUUGCCGGUCACAAAUGGCUCGUGGGCCAGUGAGUUUGAGAUCCUAUACUAGAUGUUUAUUUAUUAAUCUUCACGAUUAUCUCAUUUUUAUAAAAGAAUGUAAAUAUUUAUAUUUUCCCCCAUCAUUUUCUAUAUAUGCAGGAUGUAUGCGGGAACGAAUUUCAAAAUAUCUAAAUAUUUCAUUUUUGGUUUCGGCCGAAAGUCAUUUUUAACUUUCUGCCUCUUUUUCGGUUUCGGCCGAAAGUCAUUUUUAAACUUUUGGCCUAUUUUCGGCUUCGGCGGAAAUCAGAAAAUCACUAUGUGUUUUUGAAUCAUACUAGUCCGUGUUGUGACCAAAGAAGAUUUGCCAUCAGAUUUAUUAGACAUCUGAAUAUUUGCCAUCAUCAUAAGAUAUUAGACCAGGAGGAAUAUUGGACAGCACCCAUGAUCUAAACUUGCCUAAAGCUAUGUUUACAGUCAGACCUUCAUUGCAGUGAACAGCAACAAAACUUGAAAACCAUUUGUUCUUUUAAAAAGAAUUUUUUUUUUUUUAAAUUAUGUUUAGAGAUAAAUGUAAAAUGAUGGACAAAAACAAAUCCAGUUAUAAUAAAAAUGAAAUUAAAUAUUGCUCAUUGGGAUAUAGUAAAAAAAAAAAUAAUAAUAUUUUGGAUUUCUGUAAAGGGUUUGGUUGGUCUGUACAAGAUUUUGACUUCAGUGUGACAUUCAAACAACACUGCUGUAUAAAAUUAUGUAUUAUUAAAAAUCAAAGUAAAGGCUAAUUUAACCUGAAUCUCAUCAUUUUUUUUUCUUUACAAAGCAUUAAAUGAUAUUUUAUCUUGGAAAAAAAAACUAACGUGAUAUGCUAACAACUUAUUUCACACUAAAACAACUCAUAUAUACAAGCAUUGUGCAUAAUAACCAGUUGCUUAUUUUAAAAUAUUUUUUUUCACUCACUGACUAUUUAUUUUUCGACCUUUUUUUUUCUUUUCCAGAAUCUCGAGAUAAAAUUAGAAAAAUCAAAGAGGAUUUGAACUCGUGUAAGACCCUACUACAUUUCAAGCGUGAUGAACUCCGCAAAUUGUGGAAGGAUGGCGUGGAACAAAAAGCCAUCCUCUCUAUGUUGGAACAAGUGUGAGUUCAAAUCCAACCCUUCCAUAUUUUGAAACUUGUGUUAAACUAUUCAUAAAAUAUUAUUUAAACUGUUCUUCAUUGUUUUUGUUUUUGUUUUUCUCACCUAGGGAGCAAAUCAAAGAGGUGCAGGACAAAAUGAAAACCUACAUUGAUAACAAGCAUUAUCUGCAUGCCACUGACACUAUUGUCCAAGCAGGUCAGCAUGCUUUUCCUAAUUGGGGUCAUGAAUGUUAGUAAACUUCUUCACCACACCAUUUAAGGAUUAAGUUAAAGAUCAGGUGUGCCUGUGAGAAGCAGCAUCCAGAUCCAUUUAUUUUAUGGGAUUAUAUGAGAUGGAUUAUAUUAACGAUGCAAUUUGUUUACUAAAUAAAGAAGACCCCAAAAGACAAUUUAUUUUUCUCAGAGAUUUCUAUCCUUUGUACGGAAAACUUGUUACACACUAAUGUAAAUUUCACAACACACUAUCACCCACUAUUUAUUUUUUAAGUUGCCAUGCUGGAAGGCCCAUUGAGUGGAGUGGAUGCCUUGAGAGAAGUUAAAUUUGAUCUCAUCAACUUUAAAGAGGUGAGAACUGAAUUUUCUUUUUUAAACAAUCACCGUGUAAAAAAAAUCAUUGGUUGCAUGGAAAAAAUCCAUUUGUUUUGAAUCUGUUUUAUAUAUAAAUGAUAUUUGAAUUGAAAGUGCAUGAGAAACGCAGUAUCAAACCUAUAAUUUUUGCUACUAUCAGAGAAUGAAUGUUGCUGACAGGAAUGUAUAUCACUGACAAGGAAUGUAUGUUACUAACUAGGAAUGUAUGUUACUGACAAGGAAUGUAUGUUACUGACAAGGAAUGUAUGUUUCUGACUAGGAAUUUUUGUUACUAAAUAAACUUUAUUGCUAUCUGGGCUAUGCAACUUAUUUUAAUAAUACUUUUUUUAAACUAACAGAAGAUGCAUGAGACCCUGAUUCAAGAACUAAGUAAACAAAUAUACGAGAGGUCACUACCAACAUCAAGUCUCCAACGGGGCAGUCAGAUGAGACUGAGUCGCAAGGAUGCCAGUGUAUGGGGAUGGUCUGAUGGCUUGGACUCGCCAAGAAAAGUUCCAAGUGAGUUAUGGAUUAAUUCAUUCCAUGCCACCCAAGGAUUAUUUCAUAUCUUAAAUUUAUAUACAUUUUUAAAAAAUUUUAAACUAAUCAACGCAUCCAGUGGAAGGAUCCAAUGGAUAUUUAUUUUAUAUCCAAGAUUAAAUGCAGAAAAUUCUAUUUGCAUUCAUUGGUUUCCUUGAAUUUUCAUUUUCAGAGAUCGAGGGAAGUGAGACCCCAAGCAGCAAGGCUUACUAUGAAAUCAAGGAAGAUUUGAGCAGUGACCCACAAGAAAAUUUGAAUAAUUUCAUUGCCAUUUUGGCAGAGUCUCUCUUUGCACUUCGCAAGUUACCAGACGCUGUAGAGGUCAGUAGACGUGUUCAGUUUUUUUUUUUGUUAUCUUGUUCCACUUCGUAUUUCUUUUCUUUGCUUAAUGCCACAUUGACAUCCCCUGUUUAUAAAACAUAUUGAGUUAUAAAACAUUUCCAUAGCUUUCAUAGGCAAGACAACUCCUAACUUGACAGAGUAACAAAAGAAAUGAUGAAAUCUCUUUGAGAAUUUACAGGAAUUUAUCAAAUGUAUCAAAUUUUGAUUACAAUAAUAUAUUAAAUAUAAAUCAAAACUCAAAUUCUAGAAAUUCCCAAAAACGUAAAAACUGGAGAAUGUUUUUGUUUUUUUAAUUUCAAUAUUGAAUUUAGAUGUUUUAUGUGUUGUUGUUUUUUUGGUUCUUCCAGCGUCUGAAGCUCGGAAUGAAGGGAAGUCUAAACAAAUUGAUUAACACAGCCAGCCAGCAAAUAGCUGAAAGGUAAAAACUAUGGCACCUAGGUCAUUUGAGUAAAUAAGUAUAAGUGAAUAAUUAUAAAAAAAAUUAAGAUCUUUUUUUUCUAUAAUAGAUAAAACAUACUUUUGUUUGGUCAUUUUUUAAAAAGAUACUUUCUUCUACCUAAAAGACAACAAAUUUUAGCAAAUGUUUUAGUUGGUUAUAAUUGGGGGUUUUUUUAAUAAAUUUUUUGCUAACUGAUUUAAAAAUGAACCUUACAGCUCUGGUCAACAACUGGACUCCAUGGUCAAUCAUGUCCAACCAAAAUAUCUCAAUGAACUCCUCAAGCUGGUGUUCCAGCAGACACGGUGCGUGGCACAGACUCACCAGAUCUUUUUGGAUAAUGUGUUCAGGCUUACUGUGAGUUGCUGACUUUGUGUUGCCAGUGUAUUAAUUGAAUUAAUUGUUCAUUAAACACAACCUAAAGCAUAAUAUACUUUUAAAAUUUUUUAAUAUUAAUAUUUAUGAGAAUAAGCCCAAACUAUUCAUUCACUUAAAUGUCUCACAACCAAUGCUUUUAAAUGUUGUUCUUGUAGAAUUAUUUUCACAAUUUGAAUGUUGCAUUUUCACACACACAAAAAGGGAGAUUUAAUGUUAUCAAUUUACUCUGCUUUUUUUCAGUUAAAAUAUUUAUAAACUAUUCUAUUUUAAAUUGGCCUUCAAGUAAAGAUACAAAGUAAUAUUUAAAAAAAAUAAUAUUUAAUUUAUGUAUUAAAGAAAGUGAAUUAAUCAAUUAAUUUAACAGAUGGUUUUGUUUUGAGUAGCAGCAAGCAUGUUUCUUUCCUCUUUUAAUUGUUGCUUUUUUUUUCUUUUUUUUUUUUUUUAACAUUUUUUUUUUUGUUUUUUUUUUUUUUUUUUUUUUUUCUUUUUAAUUGUUCUUUUUUUUUUUUUUUUUUUUUUUUUUUUAACAAAUAACACUGUAAAACUUAUUAUUGCUUGUAAAAAUAUCAAUUAUGAAUUUGGCACAAAUUUAUUCAAAGAAAGCAAAUUACUUUACUCCUUUCCCCCUUUGCUUUUAGCACUCUGUAGGCACUGACAAUGAGGUAAAUGAACCAAAUGUGUUCUAUAAACAGUGUUGUGUGCAUACCUUUCAGCUCUUUGCUUCUAUGCCCUAAGUCUUCUGAAUUGACACAUUAAACACUCCCAAAUUAUUCUUCAUUCCUCAAGUAAUAAGUAAUUGCAUUAUGGCAAAAUAAAAGUAGUUUAACCAUCCAUAAUUUUUUAUUGCAAAGUACGCUGGCAAAAAUCUCACCCAUAUAAUUUUUAAUCUUCUGUAAAAUAAUCUUCCAUCACUGUAAAUUUACCUAUCCAAUAAAUUGGGUAGAGACUAUGGCGGUUGCACAAUUUAUUUUUUUAAAAGUAUCGAACUUUCAGCUAAGACUGGUCAAUUAAUUGUAAACAUUGUGAAUAUUCAUUGGUUGAGUCCUAAACUUUGUCUCUAAUUGUUUCUACAGUAAAGAAUACCCAAUGAUUUGAAGAUUAAAAGCAGUUUCAUGGUUUAAUAUUCAUGUGGCCUUCAGCUUUAUUAAAAAAAUGUCCUAAAAAAAUAUAUUAAAUUCAAUACAUUUUUUUUACAUAUCAUAGGACAUUUAGCAGAUAGACAUUUCAUAUGUAAAUUUCCUGGCUACUGAACAUUACUUGGCCAUGUAUUGGCUGUCAGCAGAUUUAAUUACCCUUACAUAUUCAUAUGCAUUUUUUAAUUCAUUUAGAUCAUUUUUCAGCCUUCUGUCCACUCCCAAAAAUCCUGUUGGCCAUGAAUUUUAAUAUUCUUAUUGCCAUUAGAGUUUUGGCCUUACUUUAAUAAUUACAAAUCUAAUGCUUCAUUGUUUAAAGAUCUUUAUUUUGUUGCACAUCUCUUACAACUUUGUUUUUGUUCAAUGUUCUGUUUUUCAGGCAUGAGAAGCUCUCAUUUAAAAAUACAUUAUGACAAAAUAAAAAUUAUGAUUGGCUGAACUGUCCACUUUGCCAUUAAAUGAUUUUAUUAUUGUUGUUUUCAUCUUUGCCUUUGAAACUCACAUUGAUGAUUUUACAACAUAGAUUGUUUACUUAUGCUGAAUGCUAUUCUUUACUGUUGUGCUGGUGACAAUUAUGUUGUAAUAUUUGUAAAACACUUGCCAGUUUUUAAUCUCACUGUCAUCAUUAUUUUUGCAAGAUUAAUUUACUGUAAAGAGAAUGAAAUGUAAAGGAAAGUAAAAAAAAAAAAAAGAAAGGUUUGUCAAGACAGUUAACAGUAAAAGAAAAGGUUAGGAUGUGUUAGUUCAAUUUUUUGGAUGUUACUUUUAAAACACUUGCCAGUUUUUAAACUCACUGUAAUCAUUAUUUUUGCAAAAUUAAUUUACAGUAAAGAGAAUGAAAAGUAAAGGAAAAUAAAAAAAAAAAAAAGAAAGGUUUGUCAAGACAGUUAACAGUAAAAGAAAAGGUUAGGAUGUGUUAGUUCAAUUUUUUGGAUGUUACUUUUAGCUCUUUUAGAUUACAUUCUGAAAACAUAUAGUUUUUUAAAAACUUACCAUUCAAAACGUGUGUGAAUAUUUAAGUUUGUUUCCCCAAUUUUACCCAAGUUACAUUUGUGUCACAUAGAGAUUUUAUUGACAUGAAACCAUCCUUUUCACAAUUUUAUCUUUGGCCAGCAUUAAUUUUUAGAUCCAUUAUAUUUCAAAUAUAUCUCACAUUUUUUACUAUGUAUAUUGAUGGUGCUAUUAAGAGCUUUGAUUGAUUUUAAAAAUGCAUCGGUGGAACUCUGGCCUCCAUUUCCUUUGGUGACUGCAUAUUUUAGUAAUGUUGUUUUAACUGCAGCCCAAACUGUGUUUUCUUUUUUUUCAAAUGAUUUUUUGUCCACUUCAUCAAACUCUCUCUUUUUAAAGGGUCAGUUGAACAUUCAAAAUAUAUUUUUCAAAUACAAGAAAAUUAUUUCUGAUUGGGGCCUUUUUAGUUGGAUUUAAUUGUUUCCUGUCUUUUUACAUAUUUAACUUUAUUUGUUUUCAUGCUUUUUAUUGUUUUUUUAAUUUACUUUUGUUUAUUACGACAGUUUCCAUUUUUUAAAUGAAUAAAUUGUGAUAGUAGAUGUAUUAAAUCAUAUAUAAAAAUACAUCUUAAAGGAAAUUUUAUACAGUCUGGAAUUCAUUAUGAAAUCAAUAUCAUCCAUUCAAAUGUUUUUAAGAGGACUUUUGUUCAAAGGUUUUAUAUAUUUAAGUAAAGCUUCAUAUAGUUCUAGUAUCACCUUUAAUGUCUUAGAGUUUGACACCUGUAGGCUUGUAUAAGAACUAAUGUGUUUUUAAUUAGGAGCUUUGAUACAAGAAAAUUGUGGCUUGAUAUCGACUAUCAGAUUCAUAUCAGAGUUUCCAAUAGUGCUUUGUAAUUUUGUUUAUUGACAAUUUAAAUAUGUUUGUUCAAUUUAAAAAUCUUUUUCCACCAGAGUUCUGGAAUGCCACUCCACAGUCAUAUGUUGUAUGACAUGAAAGAUGUAUGGUCAGAAAUACAAGCACGGGUGAGUCCACCAAACAACAUGUUAUGGGAGUGUGAUAAAGCUUGUAAACUAAGCCAUUGAGUUCUGACCUUCCAAUUCUGUGUGAUUAACAUAAACUAACCACUGCAGAAAUGUGCACAUCUUUCUUCGGUCAGUGUCUCGUCAGAAGUUGCCAACCCCUUAAAGAAACUGAUUUAAGCUGUUGAAGCCAUAAAGAGAAAUGCCAAGAAUUUGGCUAAGACAUAAAGUUAGUCCUGUUUACCCUUCACAACUUAUUUAAACUUCUAGUUUUUUUUAAUUGUUCAGCUCCAGAUCUUGUUGAGCCAGUACCUGGAUGUCAGCAACACCAUCUCGUCAAGACAACAAGCUCCAACUGGCUUUGAUGAGCCUAGCAUGGACAUCAGCCAGUAUUUUAGCAAAAGGAAACCCAUCAAAGGCAAGAAGGUAAUCAGAUCAAUAGUGAGCAACUGAAAAAUGAGUUUGUCUGUUGAUUAGGGAAAAAAUGCCAAUAAAAAUAUCAAUCACGUGCAAAGUUUGUGGACGAUGGUUAAAGUUUGUAAAGUGUUCUUCUGGUAAAGAAACCUUGUGCAGUCAACUUGUAAUUCCCCCCCCCCUUUUACCUCCCCCCUACACACUGACACAAAAAAAGGGGGGAAUGGGGGCCCCCAGUUAAAAAAUUUAGCUAUUGUGUACCAGUACAAAUAACUCGUUAACAAUUCAAAGUCGCAAAAUACGUAUUUUAUCUUGCCUCUCCAGAGUUGGUUGUAAAUGGAUUUUCAUAUAAAUUUUGCUCCUUUGUGAAUAAUACUAAGUCAUUACGAGGACAAAAAUAUAUUUGUGCCUUCUUCACUGGACAGGUUUCCUUGUUCAGGUUCGAUGCCUCACAGCAUGCCAUCAGUGUCAGCAGUGCACGACAGCAGAUCCAGCAAUAUGAGCAUGUGAGUAAAUGCCCUCUCCACCGUUAGUCUAUUACCAAAAGUGGCUUAGAUAGAUGAGGCAAGUGUAUGGUAAGGACUGGCUGCUAACUUCAUGGCAGAGUCAGGAUUAUGGCCAGUGAUUGGCACUCACCCUUGCUUUUUUGUAGAUUUUGUCAGCGCUAAAGCUACAGGGAAACGUUUUAUUAUUGCUGGAUUAAAAAAUGCCUUUAUUUUAAGAGACUUUUUUUUUUUUUUUUUUUUUUUUUUGUUUUUUUAAAAAUAGACUUUCUAAAAAAUGUAAAUAUUUGUACAGGAUGCCCUGGGUCUUUCUGACAAUUGGCACAUUAUCAAGGUUUGUAAGCCAGAAGCCUUCAACAUUACAGGUAAUUUAAACACAUCUUUGAGGACUUAAGUAUUUGAAAUUGAAAACUUUACCAUGGAGCCUCUGCACCUUAACUUUAUUUAUCAUAUUAACCAUGUUUGAUAGUGACCACUGAUAGUGACCACUGAUUAGUGACCAGUGAUUGUGACCACUGAUAGUGACCACUGAUAGUGACCACUGAUAGUGUCGACAUCUGGCUCUGAUUUAAGGGUCACCUGUGACACAAUAAACAGAAGCUAAUGAUAUUGGAAAUCAGAUUAAUAAAAUUAUGUUUGAUUAUGUUGACUUAUUUAUUAUCACUAGAUUUAAUAACAAAUUUUUAAAAUAUUUACAGCCAUAUACAAACCCUUGAAGUCAUUUAUUCUGGAAGUUGAGGAGAUAAUGCAAACUACCUCUGGGUUAGUGACUAUAUCAUUAUCUUCAGUAUGUUCAAAUAUUUGUAAACUAGAGUACGGGUAUCUACCACUUAGAAAAUGGUUUCUUUUUCUUAGGUGGUUGCUACUGGUUGUUCAGUUGUUUUCUCAGUUGUGGGGUUGAUCUUCAAUUUAGGCAUAUUUUUUUUUCCUUCUUAAAAUUUGUCUCUCAAUUUGUAGUAAUAGUAACAUUUUUUCUUAAGUCAUUAUUGAACUAAGCUGUCACAGCAUUUUCCAAGGGCAAGAAACUCUUUUUUUUUUAAAUCUAUUUUUGAAAGUCUCCCCAUUUUGGUUUGGUUAUAAUUUAAGUUUAAAUAUUUUGUGUUUCCUAAGAAAGGCAUUUUAGACAAAAAUUUUAUAAAAAUGAUUUUUACUUCUGUAAAUCUGAGCUAUACAUCACAAUACAUUUUGUCUUUUAACAUUUUUUAGCUUUACUUUGCACCAUAUUACUUAGCCUCUAAUAAGUAUUAUACUGUUACAUUUUAAUGCCUGUCUACAGACUUCAAGAAUUCAUCUCAGAAUUUGUCCAGAAUGCUUUUCUGGGUCAGGUUCAUGCUAAAGUCUCUGAGAAUAUUGAAGCUGCCACAAGAGGUGAGUUCUGCAGUGUGCAAACAUUUAGUUAACUUUUAAAGCCUUCAGGAACUCCCAUUACAAUUUUCGUACAUAGGAGAUGGUAUAAACAGUAGCCCCCCUGCCCCCACUUUUGCCCUUUCAAAGCCACAUUUCUUGUGAAGAUUUUGUUAAUCUAAUGAGUGACUUCAGUGUAACAUCACAGCUUCUCACUAAUUAUUUUUUUGUCUUUGUAGUAGCGUUAGUAUUAGCAACAUAUUUUGUAUUUAUUUACUUUCUAUUUAGUGCGCCUUUACAUGGCAGAUGAUUAUGCUAUGGAAAAUAUGAAUUCAAUGAAACAUUUAAAAAUUGAUGCCCGUCAUUUUAGGUAGCAAACCAGUUGUUUUUGUAACCCCAUGUCAUGUUUGUUACGUGAAAAAUUAAGUACAUUGAGUUCAGUUAGCACCAGAUGUACACACCACAUGAUGACUUUUGUACACGAAAAUGAAAACUUGUGCACACCACAAUGACAACUUGUGCACACGACAGUGACAAUUUGCACACACCACAUGAAUACUUACCUGAGUUUAACACUGAAGAAGAAAUGCGUGUUUAGUUGGUAACAUAUAUUCAGUUCGACACCCAUGGGCUGACAAUGUUAAGGUUAACUGUGGUUGGACUGCGUGAUGGUUCAAUGAAACUGAGUACAAUGAAGUUUGGUGAGACUUGACUAAAGGCAAAACAAUGAACUGAUCAGUUAAAAGCAGUCUAAAAUCUUGAUGUCUUUCAGUUAUCUAUAAAAUAAAUGUUAUUGCACUCACUAGAUCUUUGUAUUUCAGUUUUGCCACACCAUCUAUUUCAGUUUUGGCACCCCAUCUAUUUCAGUUUGACAAAACAAAUUUUGGUGCCUCCCAUAUUUUAUUUUAAAAAAUAUAGGAAUAUAAAUAUUAAAUAUUGAAACCCUUGUUAAGUGAGUAUCCUAUGUUAAGACUGUUCCCAACUUGUUAAGUGAGUAUCCUAUGUUAAGACUAUUCUAACUUGUUAAGUGAGUAUCCUAAUGUUAAGACUGUUCCAACUUGUUAAGUGAAUAUCCCAUGUUAAGACUGUUCCCAACUUGUUAAGUGAGUAUCCCAUGUUAAGACUAUUCUAACUUGUUAAGUGAAUAUCUUAUGUUAAGAGUGUUCCAACUUGUUAAGUAAAUAUCCCAUGUUAAUACUGUUUCCAACUUGUUAAGUGAGUAUCCCAUGUUAAGACGGUCCCAACUUGUUAAGUGAGUAUCCCAUGUUAAGACUAUUCUAACUUGUUAAGUGAGUAUCCCAUGUUAAGACUGUUUCCAAAUUGUUAAGUGAGUAUCCCAUGUUAAGACUGUUCCCAAAUUGUUAAGUGAGUAUCCCAUGUUAAGAGUGAUCCCAACUUGUUAAGUGAGUAUCCCAUGUUAAGACUAUUCUAACUUGUUAAAUGAGUAUCCUAUGUUAAGACUGUUCCAACUUGUUAAGUGAGUAUCCCAUGUUAAGACUGUUCCCAACUUGUUAAGUGAGUAUCCCAUGUUAAGACUGUUCCCAACUUGUUAAGUGAGUAUCCCAUGUUAAGACUGUUCCAACUUGUUAAGUGAGGUUCCCAUGUUAAGACUGUUUCCCCUUGUUAAGUGAGUAUCCCUUGUUAAGACUGUUCCCAACUUGUUAAGUGAGUAUCCCAUGUUAAGACUGUUCCCAACUUGUUAAGUGAGUAUCCCAUGUUAAGACUGUUCCCAACUUGUUAAGUGAGUAUCCUAUGUUAAGACUGGUCCCAACUUGCUGUUAAGUGAGUGUCCCAUGCUAAGACUGAUCCCAACUUGUUAAGUGAGUAUCCCAUGUUAAGACUGAUCCCAACUUGUGUGUCACAGUGCAAGAAGAUGCUGAAAGUCAUCCAUGUAAGUGCCAACCUCUAGGGUAGCUCCACUCAUGAACUUUAUGUUCAAACAGCUUUCCAUCAGCUAUGCUAAGUUCAUCAAAGUUAAUUCUAUUUUCAAAUGUCUAACACUGAGAAGAAUAAUUCAGAGUUGUUAUAGGUGGAUUCCAAAAACGGCUUUAAAUGUGUUCAUGCUAAAAGUUAUGUUUUCUAAAUACUAGCGAGUUGCUUAAUCUUUUUUAGGAUUUCACAUUUAGUUAUUACAACUGUCAAAAACAACACAGGCCGCCCUUAUCCAUAAACUAGCUGUGUUAAGAGUUUCUGUUGUUUAAAAAAAAUACCUUGCUAAAACCAUGCUAAAAACCUUCAUCCGAGUUAGUAAAAGAAAUAAUUUCUAGCUGAUGUUAAGCUAAAGAAUUCCCUGUCUGGGCGUGAUGAGUUGGUGCAUUACUUGAUUGUCUCCUCACUAACAGAUCACAGAGUCAAUUAAUUUGCAUUUUCGUGUGGUUGUUUGUUGGUUUUUUUUGACAAAUGAGUUUAGCAUUCUUUUAACACAGACAUUGAUUGCAUCAUUAGCCUGGAAUUUAACAGGCAAACAAACAAUUGAUAAUAACAAACUAAACCAUUGGGACAGACAAGCAGAGGUGGAACUGACUGACCAGUCAGAACUGCAUACAGCUUACGUGGUCUUUAUAAAAGGACUGUCGUUGUCUGUGAAAAAAUUGUGGGGGCGGUGUGUGUUUAUAUUAUCCUAAUUGUAUCUUUCUAAUUGUUCCUGAUCAGGAUCUGUUGUGUUAACAAGCACGUUUAGCUACAGGCAGUCCUUACUCAGUUUCACUGUUCAAAUAGUUGUUUUAUAUAAAGGAUGGCAAAAUUUUUAGUUUUUUCAUUCCCUGUUGUGCACUCAGUGGAAGAAGAAGAAGAUGGCCACAAGUGUAAGUCUCAGUGUCUUUCUUUGUUCAGGAUCUGUUUGUUGUUCACAUUCAUAGGAAGAAACAAAAAAAUAAAGCAAAAGUGGUAUAAUAUUUUUUGUUAAAAAGUAAAUGAAGGCAGCCAUCUUUUAUUGAAAAUAUGUAUUUUCGUCAUGUUAAAUCCUUGGAUUUAUAAGAUUAUAGCCCCCCCCCCCACCACACACCUUUUUUUUCCUUCCCCCCUGGCUCUAUGAGUCAAACUGCACAGUUGGUUGAUCCUAAAGAAUAAAUUGUUCAUACAGUGUUAUAAUAGUUUUGUUAUAGUUGUUACUUCUGCCUUUUUCAUCCACAUAUUUGUGUUGCAGUUUAUUUGUACAAUGAUUUUGAUGUUGCAACAAUUUUGUGAAAUUUGGUUUCUCCGAUCAUUAUUAAAAGCUAAAUAAAGUAAGGGCUAAAAACUCCAAUGGACCUUUCUUCACAAACCUACCUUAAAAAGUAAAAAAAAAAAAUAAUGAUAAUUGAAUGUAAUACCUUUUAUUUCAGUUUUAAAAUGAAUAACAAUGUGAGCACUUGUUGCAUUUGUUUUUAAGUAGAUUCCUUCAUAAAAUGGAAUUGGCUAAAAAAAAAAAAAAAAAAAAAAAUUUAAAAAAAAAAAAUAAUGAUAAUUGAAUGUAAUAUCUUUUAUUUUAGUUUUAAAAUGAAUAACAAUGUGAGCACUUGUUGCAUUUGUUUUUAAGUAGAUUCCUUCAUAAAAUGGAAUUGGCUAAAAAAAAAAAAAAAAAGAAGCAUUUAUGACAGUUUAGAAAACAGGUUACAAAAAGAAUGUGUAUACUUCCGAUGGAGUUUUGUUUUUAGUUGAGGAUGCUGGCGUCAUAGAGCCUAAGAAAUGAGAUUAUUACCAACGGACUGCAUUUACCAAAAUAGUUAGUUGAAAUGUAUGUAUUUUAAUACAAGAAUUCACCUGAAAAUGUGUCACCAACAGCCUCCCAAAUGGGAUAUCUAUACUUGUUGCUUGAAGCAUACAAUUGUGUUUCUGUUGUUUUUACUAUUAUUUUUAAAAACAUGUCAUAGAAAAGUGUAGUUGUUUUGUUUUUUUUUUGUUGUUUUUUUUUUAAAUUAUGGUUCAGCGCUUAUUUGCUGUUUUUUCCCCCCAUCAAUAGAAUUAAGAAUAUUUUAAAUCUAACACAGCAAACUUUUAGAAAAGAUUCAUAUUUUGUUGUAUGGUAAUAAUUCUGGUUUUUAUCUGUUAUGCCCAUAAAACCCUUUGCAUAAAAUUGAGAGUUUUUUCUAUUAAUGUAACUUUAAAGAUGUUAUAAUGAGCACAAGUAAUCAGCAUGCAUAGUAUUGAUUUAGGUGGGCAUGGCCACUGGCAAGCUGGGGCAACUUCUACAACACAAUGGGGGCAACAUGUCCAACACAUUAGAGGCAACAUGCCCAACACAUUAGAGGCAACAUGUCCAACACAUUAGAGGCAACAUGUCCAACACAUUAGAGGCAACAUGUCCAACACAUUAGGGGCAACAUGUCCAACACAUUAAGGCCAACAUGUUCAACACAUUAGAGGCAACAUGUCCAACACAUUAGAGGCAACAUGUCCAACACAUUAAGGCCAACAUGUUCAACACAUUAGAGGCAACAUGUCCAACACAUUAAGGCCAACAUGUUCAACACAUUAGAGGCAACAUGUCCAACAUAUUAGAGGCAACAUGUCCAACACAUUAGAGGCAACAUGUCCAACACAUUAAGGCCAACAUGUUCAACACAUUAGAGGCAACAUGUCCAACAUAUUAGAGGCAACAUGUCCAACACAUUAAGGCCAACAUGUCCAACACAUUAGAGGCAACAUGUUCAACACAUUAGAGGCAACAUGCCCAACACAUUAGAGGCAACAUGUCCAACACAUUAGAGGCAACAUGUCCAACACAUUAGAGGCAACAUGUCCAACACAUUAGAGGCAACAUGUCCAACACAUUAGAGGCAACAUGUCCAACACAUUAGAGGCAACAUGUCCAACACAUUAGAGGCAACAUGUCCAACACAUUAGAGGCAACAUGUCCAACACAUUAGAGGCAACAUGUCCAACACAUUAGAGGCAACAUGCCCAACACAUUAGAGGCAACAUGCCCAACACAUUAGAGGGAACAUGUCCAACACAUUAGAGGCAACAUUCCCAACACAUUAGAGGCAACAUGUCCAACACAUAGGGGCAACAUCUUCAACAUAUGAGGUGCAACAUCUCAAACCAAAUUGGGGUGACAAUAUCUCUUACUCAUUAGGAACAAGAGACCACUAUUUACAACACUCAGGGCACCACAGUCUCCAAACACUGGAGGGGUUUUAUGUCCAAACCUGGACGUUAGAUUCUGACUCUUUGUUGUUCUGUUGACUGACUCAACGGGGAAACAAAACUAAUCACCAAUCAAUGCACUUUGGAGCAUCCUUUCUGAUUUUAAAGAUAUUUUUUUUUCCCAAUGACUUCCAUGGGCGGUAGUGGACAUUGUGUCACCCAGCUUGCUAUGCACUUUCUAUGAUUGAUCUAGUAAAUGUCAGUUGCAUUGUUUCUGUCAUGCUCAGUGUCACCUCAUUGUUUUAAUACGACGUGAUAACAAAUUAAGUUUCAUAGUUAUUCAUAAAGAGUUCACUCUCUUCGAAGUUCAAUGAAAUUGGUUUAUUUUAUUGCGUUGAGGGCUUUGUUUGACCAGAGUUGAACUAAAAAGUAAUUUAUUAUUAAAGAAAAGAAGACGGCAGUGAUGGAAAUAUUAAAACGCCAAGUUCUUGAAUGUGAUACAAAUAGUGUCUUUGAUCUUGUGUUAAAGCUAUAUCAGAGGUACUGAUGGUUUAAAACUAAAAUAGCUGGUAUAUAAAAAAUGAUAUUUAAAUGAUAAGACUUUAUGUAAUUGUGUGUAUUUUUAUUGCUAUUUUUUUUAAAUACUUGCUUGCAGGUUUUGAUGCUCUUCGAAAUGUUAUAGAUGAAAAAACAAGGCGAGAGCUAGGGGUGCCUCGGCCGCUACUGCAGGUAAUUGUUGAGGGAGAGUUUUGGAAAUAACUGAAAUUGUCGACUUCACGAAUUCCUUUGUAAAGCUUUGUGAUAGAAAGUAACUUUUUUUACUAUAACCUUCCGCUUUCAUCACCUAGCCAACUAGGGAUGUUGUUUUUUCUACUAUAACCUUCCACUUUCAUCACCUACCCAACUAGGGAUGUUAUUGCAAAAAAGUCAGACAUUAGAGAAGAUGUAGGCUGUUAAUCAGAACCAUAAUACUUUAAUUUGGGUCUAAUGAAUGGGGUUUGGCUCCGAAACCUUCUGACUACACUAAAAAUAAAUAAAUGAAGGGACUGCUUUCAAGCUAUGUAAAUGAAUGAAAUAGUGAAACGAGGUAUGUGGAAGCUUGAAAUAAGGUAACAGGACAAAAAACAAGGACGUUUCGGCAUAAAGCCUACUGUGUUCUUUUCUUUGUUAUAUUUUCAUUUCUAUUGUUGGCUGAGGAAGGCUUUAUGCCGAAACGUCCUUGUUUUUUGUCCCGUUACCUUAUUUCAAGCUUCCACAUACCUCGUUUCACUAUUUCAUUGACUACACUAAGCCUGUUAAUGUUAGUUAAUACAAACAGGGAUUAGGAGCAGGCUUUUCUUUUCGGCAGAAAAAGUAAAGUUCAAAUUAUUAAAUUUUUUAAAAUUUUUAAAUUUAAAAAAAAAAUUCUGGAGCUCGGAGCAGUAAGAAAAUUUACCAGCUCCAAUCUAGCUCCAGCUCCAAGCGCCACUGAAAAUCCCUAGAUUCAAAGCUUUUAUAUAAAGAUCAUCUUCCUUGUUUAGACUGUCUGUCAAGAUUUAGUUGAUUUUCCUUAAUAUGUCAUAUUAUUUUGAUAGGGAGAUGACCAUGGACUGAUAAAAUAUUCAGAGAAUCCUGACACCGUCCUUUAGCAUCUUUAAUUAAUCUCUUAGAUGCUACUGGCACUGUCAUUUCUGUAACUUAAUUUCUUGAGCAAAUUUUUAACUCUAGACUGUAUUUUUGCUAGACUUUAUAUUUGCAUGACCUGUAUCUUUAAGCUGACACAACAUAUCAAAAUAUAAAAUAGUUAAGGCUACUCUACUCCACAACAAGAGCUGUGUUUUAUGACCUUUUUAUACAUCCCCAGAGCACAGUCACUGUAGACAGCAGCAUACAAGAACUCCAGGACCUGAUGCAUGACCUCCCAGACUACGCUGACCAGUUCCUCAACAUGAUAUGCAAUGUACUCAGGGACUACAGAGAGAAAUGUCAUUCUGCAUACAGAGGUAAAUCCCAAUGGCAUUUCUGCAGGUGCAUUUAUUGUUCCUUGCAAGUUAAUUAGAGAAGGAAAACUACCGUAACUGAAUUAUUUUCAGAUUUAUGUAUUUUAUUACAAUAAUGGCGAGUAAUGUUUUGAAAUAUAGAGGGGAUGUGGUCCUGCACAAAAUGCAAGAACCCCUGUGUUGGCUUAUGUUGUUAAGGAUUACUGUGUCCAGAUAAAAUGUCAUCAUUUUUUUCAAGUUGUCGGCAGUUAAUUGGGUUUUAUUUUUAUUUUCCUUGUCUAUCUUUAAUCUCUCCAGAUAUUGUCCAACAUGGCUCCGAUGAGAAAAGGAUCAUCAGUGCCACUUGGGCAAAGGAUGAUGACAUCAGUCGAUUUCUCAGGUAAAAAUCAUAAAUAUAAAUAACAUAAACAUAACUAACUUCCAGAAUUAUCACUUUGAGGAGAAUUUCAAAAAGUGGGUUUUGUCAGACUGUUAAAAAAUGGGUUUUGUCUCACUGUUAAAAGUGGGUUUUGUCACACUGUUUUAUUGGGUUUUGUCGCACUGUUUUAGUUGGCUUUGUCACACUGUUUUAGUGGGUUUUGUCACACUGUUUUAGUGGGUUUUGUCACACUGUUUUAGUGGGUUUUGUCACACUGUUUUAGUGGGUUUUGUCACACUGUUUUAGUGGGUUUUUUUCACACUGUUUUAGUGGGUUUUGUCACACUGUUUUAGUGGGUUUUUUCACACUGUUUUAGUGGGUUUUGUCACACUGUUUUAGUGGGUUUUGUCACACUGUUUUAGUGGGUUUUGUCACACUGUUUUAGUGGGUUUUGUCACACUGUUGAAAAGUAGCUAAAUAAAGGACAUGAGUUAAAAUGGAGCAAAUUAAUGCAUCUUCCAUUAUGCAUCUUCAAUUGUCAUCUGCAGAGGGCAGUAUAUACUAUAGGCCAGUAUAAGUUCUUUCAGUUCAAGAAUAAUGUUAACUAUAAAAACUAGCAUUCGGUAGACAAGUUUCAACAUUAGUUCUGCUAUUUGCUGGAUUUUUAACUAAAGGACAAAGUUUUGUAUUUGAAGCAUUGAGUAAAGCAGAUCUUUUUAAUUUCAAAGUUAUAUUCACCACUUGUGUGGAUUGGCUAUGGGGUAGCCCUCCCACCAUAUUUGAUGAGCACUAGGGUAGCCCUCACACCUUGUUGGAUGUGCAAUAGGGUAGCCUUCACACCUUAUUGGAUGUGCAAUAGGGUAGCCCUCACACCUUAUUGGAUGUGCAAUAGGGUAGCCCUCACACCUUAUUGGAUGGGCACUAGGUUAGCCCUCCCACCUUAUUGGAUGUGCAAUAGGGUAGCCCUCACACCUUAUUGGAUAUGCAAUAGGGUAGCCCUCCCACCUUAUUGGAUGUGCAAUAGGGUAGCCCUCACACCUCAUUGGAUGGGCACUAGGGUAGCCCUCCCACCUUAUUGGAUGUGCAAUAGGGUAGCCCUCACACCUCAUUGGAUUGGCACUAGGGUAGCCCUCCCACCUUAUUGGAUGUGCAAUAGGGUAGCCCUCCCACCAUGUUGGAUGUGCAAUAGGGUAGCCCUCACACCUUAUUGGAUGUGCAAUAGGGUAGCCUUCACACCUUAUUGGAUGGGCACUAGGGUAGCCCUUACACCUUAUUGGAUGUGCAAUAGGGUAGCCAUCACACCUUAUUGGAUGUGCAAUAGGGUAGCCCUCCCACCUAAUUGGAUGGGCACUAGAGUAGCCCUCACACCUUAUUGGAUGUGCAAUGGGGUAGCCCUCCCAUCAUAUUGGAUGGGCACUAGGGCAGCCCUACCACUGCAUUGGUUAGGCAAUAGGGUUGCAUACCAACAUUAUUAAUGAGUGACAAUUUUCUCUAAUUCUAGGACUUUCAUGUUACUGAAGAUUUAUUUGGAUUUCUUUGAGUUGAAGGUACUUUCUCCCUCAGGUCAUUACCAAGCUGGCGAAGUCUGCAACCCAGGAAGGAACUGGACAGAACAAUCUGCUCUGAAGAAGAAAUAGAGGCACUUAACUCCAAAGAGUCUGGCAUCCUCAUCAGUAAUCUGUCAGGCGAUGAGGCCAUCAUCCCACAGCAGGAAAUCAUCACUGAUGUCACCCAGAUGAGAACAGUUGCCAAUGUGCAUGAAAGUCUGGUAAAUCUUGAUUUUAGAUUCACUUAUAUUACAUCCUCUCAUAUGUUUAAAUUAUAAACUGCACAUCAGUUUACAUACAAUUAUGCUCAUUUCUAUUUCAUUUAUAUAAGGCAUAAUAAAAAGAUUAUAAUAAUAAAAAUUCAAUGAAAUUGCAAUGCAAAUGGCACAAAAAAUAAUUUGUGUUAGUCAUUGUAAAAUACACGAUAUAAAAACUACAUCCAAUUCUAAUAAAAGCAUUUAAGCAUGAAUUUAUCCUGACAGGGGAAAAGACAGUCUUUAAAUAACUCGUUUGUUACUUCAACUCUUUUAAACCGCACUGCCUCGGAAAAUAAAAUAAUUCAUGUCUGCCUAGCAGACAGGGGAGCAUUUACUCUAAUUUUCUUAAUUAAAUUUAAUUCCAUUUUGAAUAUUUUUGUGACAUUGGAAUUUAAAGAAGGUUGAAAAGAGAAAUUACCUUGUACCAUUCCUUAAGUUUUAGGAUGGCCCAGACUAAGAAAAAAAAAUCCUACCUUUUAAAAUUAAAUUUUCUUCAGGAAUGGUUUGCUGAUCGCCUUGAUCAGUUUGCUGCCAGUUUAACUCCACAGAACAACUUAAAUCCAGUUCAGGAAGAGUUGCCCACUGUAAGUUGACUUUUUAAAAAAAAAAUUUGGUUGAAAUUUUAAAAAUUGUGCUAAAACUUUUGUUUUGUGCUGGCCCAUUGAUGAGGAAAGAAUUUUACUAGUUUUACUAUAAUUGUUGUGAUUUUUCUGGUUGACGCAUUUCAAUUUCUUUUCUGGUUUGUUCUACAUUUUCCAUUUUUGACUCCUCUCCGCAGUCACAUGUAUUUUAUUUAUUUUUUACAAUUAUAAUUAUAAUGGAAACUGCACACCAACUGUAUUGGCUUGUUGUUUUAGGCUUUCCUUAUACCCUGCGUUUUUUAUUUUCUUGCUGUUACGUUAAGUUGUUUUGAACUGAAAAUGUUCUUAUCUUAAUUUCAGGAGUUGCCUCCCAUUUCAGAAAAGACACUGCUGUAAGUUUUGAUUUACUUUCUAAUGUUUUUAUUUCUGUUUGAUGACUUAAUACCAUCUCAGGGAACUUAACAAACAAGUUGUAGUUUUUACUUUUUAGAUUAGCAAAAUGAGUAAGUUCCUGUUUUUGUUUUUGCCUUCAGCAUUUGCACUUAUUAUUUUGAAUAAUUUUAUGUGGGUUAUGGUGUAUAAUUUUCACAAUAAUUUUUUUUUAAAAUACAAUCUAUCAUUAUUUGUGUUGUUCAACACAUUGAGAAGGCAAUGAACUAACAAAGAUUAAACUUGUUUUUAAAAAAACAUCUUUUGUGUAUGUAACUGUAUACAAUGGGAAAAACUAGUUUGUAGCUAUCAUUACUUAUUAAAUAGCUAUCAUACACCAUACCAAUGAACUGUCCAUUUUUGUUUAUUUUGUAAAGCUGAUAUAGGAUACUCACACCAUUACAGCAGUCAGUACACUAUAUUUUACCAUUUUAACUACAAUUACACGUGUAUUACUUCAUUACACUUGUAAUAUUUCCAUUAUGGCAAUUACAGUUUGGUUUUCUCUGGAACUGUCUUUUUAGUUCAGUAUUUCUAAUUCUGUUGAUUUUAGAUCCCUCAAGCAGCUAGUGAAAGAUUUUAAAGAUUUGGCUGAGAUUUGUCUUCUUUUGCUUCACCUUGAGGUCAGGAUUCACUGCUUCUAUUAUCUGCUCCCCGUCACCAGACAGGUAGGAAACACAUGUGCUUGUUCUGUUUGGUCAUCUUUAUAUCCCUUAUUUUUUCAGUUAUGGGGGUAUUUGUUUUUAUCACUCAGCUUUAACUUUAAGCAAGUGCAGGCAUUUUCAUUGAAAAGCAUUUAAAUUUCGCUUAAUUAAUGCUUCUAUAAUCACAUACCUUUAAAAGUAAUUUUUAAAAAUUUUUUUGCGGGAUAAAUGCCUCAAUUUAAUUUUUUUAUCAAAUGGAUUUUGCUUUAUUUAUAAAUUUGAAAGGAAAGGAAAUUUUGUUUUCAAACAUAAAUUUUAUGAUUAGAAAUAAAUUUGCUCAUUUUUAUUUAUGUACAAAGCUUUUAGAUUUAUUUCCUCAAAUUAAAAAACUAUUUAACAUUUUCUCACACUGAGGUCUGUCUUUCAGAUGAAUCAAAAAGCAUUCCUAUUCACCUAUUGUAACCCAAAAUACAAAACUUAAGUUAAACGUAUGCUCGGUGAACAAUUAUAAACUAACUCUCCUUAUUCGCCUUGUCACAAAUUUUAACCCGUACUCUUCUUUCAGUCCAACUAUGCUGGGCCUAUAGAUGACCUUGACCCAGACUCCAAUGUCCUAAAGCUAAACAAGGAUCUCAGCAGCACGGAGGAGAUGAUGACCCAAAGCUUACAACCCAAGAAAUUCAAGUAAAUCUAAAAUGUGGUUUAACCCUCCUUCCAUAUAGUUUGUUUUUUUUAUAUUACAGUAAAAACCUAAACAUAUGUCCUUUGGGUGAACCAUAUCAAUUUCAUUUUAUACAAAUUGAAGUUAAAUAAUCUGCUAGAGAAAUCAACAGUGUAAGGUAAAUCGAUUUUGUAGAUUAUGUUAUUCAUUGUUUCUAUAGAAUAGUAGUUACUAUCCUAGUGUCUCAUUUUUAUUUUACUUAGUUUACAUGUUUUAAUAAUUUUAAAGCGCUUAGAGCUUUAUGAUAAGCGCUAUAUAAAAAUGCCUAAAUAAAUAAAUAAAUAAACUGCAAUAUUAUUUUUUUGAAACAUAUGUGAACUAGAGUUUUAUUUUUAUAUUGACGGAUAGAUAUUUCAAAGUUUGGGUUCCCUGGUCACUUUAGCACAACGUAUUUGGGAACUGCAAUAUUUUAUUUGGAAUGUUUGUAAACUAAAGAUGUAUUUUUAUAUUGACAGAUAUAUUUUUGAAAGUUUGGGUUACUUAGUGGCGGCCAUCCUCAUCAACAACAUCCAAUACCUCAACAAGAUCAAUGAGAAUGGGAUCAAAAAGAUGUAGGUUGCUUUUAAUCAUUAUGUGUCAAACUUUUUCUAGUCUUGAUGUAGAUUUGUGUGAUGUAAUUUCCAUAUAUUUAUCAGCUUGGUGUCAUCUGAUUGGGUGACAUGUCUUAACUAAAAAGUGGGUAGAGUUCCUCAAAGUAACAAAUCACAAUUCCUUUAUCUUUGAUGUCAGUGGAGGAUCAGUUUUAAAAGAAAUCAUGAAACAGAAAGUUGUUAUCAUUUGUUUUAAUUAUAUUUCAGUUUUCAUAAUAUACUAAUCAAGUUAUUUAAUAUAUCUCACAGGUGUCGUAAUAUACUUGCCAUUCAGCAGAACCUAACUAAUAUAACUCUAACAAGGGAAUCAGAUUUGGACAGAGCCAAACAGUUCUAUGAAUUGUUAUACCUGAGUCCAGAUGUAAGUGUUUGAUUCAAGAACAGCUCAGUUUGGUUCAGGGAUCUUUUGUCUGUUCACAAAUUGUGGCAUAAAAAAAUUGGCAUCUUAAAAGAUGACAAAAUUAGAACUAUUGAUCUUAUUUUAAACUAAUGACCUUGGCUUAAUCUACCACCUAACAUGAGAAAGGAAGCAGGCGUGGAAAGUCUGCCAUCUUCUUCUUUACUAGAAGAGGGGUUUUGAGGGUUGGUUGUUUUUUAAAUUGACACACUUGCAAUGGAUUUCUUUAUAGUAAUUAUUGGUUCAUUUCAUUGGGUAGUCUACUUGUUACAUGAACAGCAGGUUGUAAGUUGUUUUGUUGUUGUUUUUUUUUUGGGGGGGGGGGGGUUAUGGUCAGACUUUGAGAUCUUCUUUAAAAUAAAAGCUAAUCCAAUUUUAAAUAUUUGUUUUUACAAUUUUUUUUUAUAAUAUAAGUCACGUUAUAAGUUAUAACCGCAUAAGACUUUUUUCAUUGAAUAUUUGACAAAAAUACUGAUUAGUGAUUAAAAGAUUUCCUUAUAUCGUGGUAUUUUAUGUUGUAAUUUAUCCAUGUUGUUUAGGAGAUGCUGAACUCUAUAGCAGAGAAAGGUCCUCAGUUCACCAUGAAUGAUUACAAGGAGCUGAUGCAGCUUUACCACCGCAGCUUUGCUGGGAACUCAGUGAAUGUACAGGACGCCCGCAUGCAGAGACUUCAUAGCGUCAUGGAGAAGGGACAAAAUGAAACAGUUUAAUGAUAUUAUCGUUUGUUGGAACAGGCUGUGAUAGGAUUGUGGAUAAAAUGUACUUUGAAUAACUGGAAUGAGUCUAUAUUAUUAACAAUUUUAGCUCAAUUUAGGUUUGAAUUUUUUCACCUUCUGUCCAUUGUCUCAAAUUAAAAAUUGAAGCAAGCUCUGAGAAGCCGAAAAAAAAAUAUUUCAGAUUAAGAAAAUUGAACCUCUGUUUAUAUUAUAAAGAUGAAAUUAUCUUUUUCGAUAAAUUAUUUAACCAAACUCUGUAGCUGCUUUAAGUGGUUCAAGAUGUUGUACAUGUAGUUCAAGUUUUUUUAUCUGGUUAUACUGGCAAAUACUUUUCUUGUGAUCUACUGCACAAUAUACCUUUAAAAGAGUAUUUUUUUUAAACUUAAAGAUCUAAAACAAGAAUUUUAAUAUAAAAGGAUUUUUUUUUGUUUUGUUAGAAAUGUGCGCAAGUCCAGACUUUUUUUUUUAAUGCCAACAUUUGCGGAGUGUUUAUGGUUGAUACAUGUUUUUGAACUCUCAGAGAUCAGCAAGUCUGAAUAGAAAAAUUAAAUAACUUGUGUGUAACCUUAGCCUCUGAAGCUAAUGUUUGUUUGUUGUUGCUGCUUUUAUGUAUUACUUUAUGCUUGAGCCACUGUAACUGUUUACCUUAAUAUAAACCUUAUAAUAAAUUACAAUAUAUCUUUACCCUCAAGAUGCCAAAAUUUUAAUAAGAGGAAUACAUGGAAGACUGCGUUGAGGUUAUAACAGAAGAAAUAUACAAAGGGUAGAAGAAAACCUGAAGGACAAUACAAGAAAGUGUACCUUUCUGCCAAAAAUCCUUCGACAGCAAAAAUAGUUAAAGACAGCGACAAACACUCUUAAUGUGUUGUAUAUCUAUGUAGUUAACAGGAAAUGGUAGACAUUAUUUUUUUAAAAUUUUUGUGCCAGUACAUACUAGUUAAUUACUUUUACAGACCACAACCAUAUUUUUUUUCCAAAGAUGGACAUUGCAAUUGCUAAUUAUUGGACCAGUAGAGCUAUUUAUUUGUUUUGCACUGAGCCAAGAGAUAAGAAUUAUAGACAAAAUAUUUCUAAUUUGUUCAUUUCUUGGGAUGAUGUAAAAUAGCUGUAACUGGCUGUGAGUUACAUAAGUCUAAGAUUUUUUUUAGGAUUACGUUACAUUGACGAUCAUUCCCAUUGGCAAUUAAGAUAUUAUUGCAAUGGUUGAAUUCCAGAAAAAUUACCCCAAAAAAUUGAAGUGAAAUGUCAUCACCAAACUGUUUGUGGACAAGAAAUGUCCUGUCUGGCCAAUCUUUUCAGGUUAUUUUUCAAGUUAAGCUUUUGCCAGCAGCAGUGGUGCUUAACAUACAGCACUAAAUUAUCAUGUACUUGUUCUAAAGCUAAAUGUUAUUAGAUGUUAAAUCUUUUAUUAUGUACAUUACAUUUUUGAACUUUUAAUGGAAAAAAAAACACAACAAGAUGAGAAAAAUAUGAAUUAUGUGGACAUGUCAUUUAGCCUACCCAUUUAUUUUGAAACGUAUAGAAGGAUGAGUCAUGUUUACAUGUGUAUAAUUUUGAUGAUGUGUGUAAAUAUCAUGAGUCUGGCAUGUCAAUGACUCCUGUUUAAUCUCAGACAAAUACUCUUUGUUGUUACUGAUCACUUUGGAUUAUUAACACUGGAUGCAUUUACUGUUGUUCUUUUAUGGUCUAUGGCAAAUGAAUGAACUGAGGGUCAUGUCAAUGCUUUUAUGUGAUCAUUUGAUGAUAAUGUUUAAAAGAAUGUUUUUUCAGCUUAUUGGAUUUUUUUAAAUUUAAAUUUAUUGCAAUUAAACAUUAUUUAAGUUCACUUUCUGUUUAAAGUUGAAGUUUUGAUAUUUGAAGUUUUCCAAUUCCUGUAUAAAAAUAAUUCAUUAGAACUAAAGAGACUGGGGAUC